GCUAAAAUAGUUGAUCUUUAAAAAUAGACGCAUUAUUGAUAUUGGUGUCUCUCCGAAGUUGUUGGAGGAUUUGAGUUAACUAUUCUACAUAAUUACAAUUUGUAUAUCCAAAUUGUGGGAGUUAAGCGUGGAAACUUAGAAGGUCAAUAAAGAACCACGGACGUUUAUUAUAACCCUUUGAAAUAAAGGGUUUUUUUAAUUGUAUAAAUACUUUGAAAUUUAAUUCAUCUUGGAUGAAUGGUUUAUGGGCCAUUUAAUUUCGUCUAUAAUCGAGAAUUCAACAAGAAGAGCAAAAUCGUUGCGAUCAAUUAAUCACGUACAUCUGUUUACGGGAAUGCAGUCCGCUUAUCAAUAUGUAACACGGCCGCUCGCACAAUAGCUGUUGAAGAUAAGAAUUUGGGGAAGUUUGCUAAUCCACAUCAAGGCGUUCAAGGCUCCAUCUUGUACAGUGUAAAAACACGUAUUUCAAUGAAGAAUUCUCUCGUUUCACUGGAUUUGAGUUAUAACCAACUGGAUGCUAUUCCUUUCGGAGCGUUCCGAGAUUUACGUAGUCUACAAUGGUUAAAUUUACACAGAAAUCAAAUCAGUUUCAUUGUGGGUGACUGGUCACACGUUAAAAAUACGUUAGUCAACCUGUUUCUUGGAGAAAACGACAUCACAGAAUUGUCUUCGGAAAUUGAUGAACGACUUCCGAAAGAAUUUCGUGGAUUCCAUCAAUUUAAAUCAUUAGUAUGGUUGAACUUGGAUGGAAACAAACUAACCAAAAUCUAUAAACAUUCCCUUCCUAUUAGUCUACAAACUCUAAGUGUCUCCCACAACCUAAUAGAAAACUUUCCACUCGACUCAAUUUUAACUUUACCUCGAUUGCAGUGGCUCUAUUUGCGUGGUAAUCACAUCGAAAGUUUGCCAGAUCAUAAAUUUGACAACAAGUUACGACUAGAGAAAAUUGAUUUGGGAGAAAACGAUUUAAAAACUUUACCUCGUUUACUAUUUAACACCUCUGUUUACGUUCGUGAUUUAAACUUGGCAUUUAACGAUUUAAAUGGCCUUAUUGCCGAAACUUUUCUAGGAGUUUCGUGUAAACGAAUAAUCUUAUCUUAUAAUAAAAUUGAAACUAUCGAUCCGUUGGCGUUUCACGGAAUUGAGGACGAUUUGGAGUAUUUGGAUUUAGAUCAUAAUCGUCUGUCGCAAUUUCCUUUCAGUAUAAGUACACUACCGUCUUUAAAAUAUUUGUAUCUAUCUUCAAAUUUCCUCACUGAGAUACCAGAUGAUGCAUUCGCAAACUGCUGCUACUCAUUGAAAGCAAUAAGUUUUAGUGGAAAUAGAAUUAAUAAAAUUCCAUCCGUCUCUUUUCAGAACUGUACUAAAAUUGCGCAUUUUAAUUUUGCUUACAACGACAUUUAUGAUAUCGAAGAGAAUACGUUCACGGAGUGGGCUUCUACAAUUGAAACUUUAAUCCUAAGCAAUAAUCACAUUACAAACUUAAAAUCCGAUAUAUUUUCCAAUUUAGGUAAAUUAAAGGAGCUUAGCAUAAGCUUUAAUCCAUUAAUGUACUUAGAUCCCAAGGCAUUUUCAGGUUUGCACAAUUUGCAAAAUUUAGAAAUAUCAUUUGGAUUAAAUCGUGAAGAGAUACCGGAAGAAAUUUUCAAACCUUUGGUUAACUUACAGUUCCUCUCUGCCGAUAACAAUAAAUUUCACACAAUGUUUGAGCACUCUUUUGAGCACUUAUCCAAUUUAAGAUUUCUGAAUCUGGAAUUUAAUGACAUUCAAACUUUGCCAAAGAAUUUAUUUACAUCGACCAUUCAUAGACAUUUGACAGAUAUCAGGCUGAAUAAUAACAAAAUUUCCGUUCUCAACCCGGAUACAUUUAAUAAUCUACCUGAAUUGGAAGUCAUAUUAUUAUCUAGCAAUACUCUACAAAGUAUUCAUAAGUACAGCUUUUCAUAUCUGCCAAAUUUGGAACAUUUGAUUUUAACGGACAAUUUAAUCGCAAAAAUUAGCGAACACGCGUUUGCUAAUCUUCCCCUAUUGGCGAAACUGGAUUUGCAAUUAAAUCGUUUAACGGAAUUUCAUUUUAAUUACUUUGUCAAUAUAUCAAAUUUAAUUCAAUUAAAUGUUAGUUGGAAUAACAUUCAUAAUUGCCAAGCCGGCAAGCAAUUUCUCAAUAUUGAAGUGCUGGACAUGAGCCAUAAUAAGAUAUGGAAUGUGCCUAGAUGCUUGGAAAAUAUUGGAUUACUCCGAAAAUUGUAUUUAAACUCUAAUAAUAUCUCCGCUAUAGAACCGAAGGGUUUUAUGCAUUUGACGUCACUGGAACAACUAAAUUUGAAUGAAAACUCGAUUGAAAUAAUACACAAACACGCCUUUGCCGGUUUACAGAAUGUACAAAUUAUAGAUUUAUCGAAAAACUUUAUUCCCCAGUUACACAACCACCAAUUUUCGAGUACUCCCAAAUUACGCGUGCUCCGUCUAGGUUACAAUAAAUUAAAGUACUUGCCUAAAGAAGUUCUGAGUAACACAAUGCUAGAAAUGCUAGAUUUGAGCUUUAAUUUUUUCUCUGUUGUCCCCAGUCUGAGUUUAGCAGAAGUUGGUGGCAGUUUGAGACAUUUGUCGAUAUCUUGGAACAAUAUCGAGCACGUUGACAGUACGACAUUUCCAGAUAUUCCAUAUCUCCGAUAUCUAAAUUUAAAUAAAAACAAGCUCACCAUUUUGCCCGAUAAUGUAUUUACUAGUCUCGGUUUCUUGCAAACGUUGGAUAUAGGUGACAAUCCGUUACGUGCCAAUUUUAAAGAGUUAUUCCAUUACGCGCAACAUCUAAAAGAACUCAAUCUCGCCAAUACAGGUAUUAUUUCUGUGCCAUAUUUACCACUGCCAAACCUAGUUUCAUUGAAUCUAUCCUAUAAUAACAUAGAAUACAUCGAAAAAAACUCCCUACAGAAUUUAAAGCACUUAAGGCAUCUGUACUUGAACAACAACGACCUAACCCAAAUCCCUUCGCAUUUAUGGAUACAUCUGCCUUUUCUAAAAGUGGUAGAUUUAUCAUUCAACGCAAUCAAGGAAAUAACGUCUGAGAGUUUUUACGGAUUACAAAGCCUACAAGAAUUGAAUAUAAAUGGAAUGAAAAAUCUAAAAAAGUUUGAUAGCAGAGCCAUUAAAAAGAUUCGAAUUUUAACCACCCUUACUAUGCAAACGUGGCCCAAUAUAGAGGACUUUUCGACGCAAAUGUGCAAUUUGCUGUCAAGCUUGAAGCAAUUACGCAUAUUAAAAAUUUACCUACAGGAAUCGGUGUUAGACGAGCAGUUAAUGUGCGUCUCCAAUCCUAAAAUACGACACGUCGAAAUUUCCGGAAAGCAUUUGAAAAUAAUUCAACCGAAAGCAUUUUCAAAGUUUGUACGAAAUCCGGAUUUAGUCUUGAAAAUAAUUAAUACUGAUAUUGAGGAGUUGCCUAGUGGAUUAUUUUCCAGCUUUCAUAGAACUGCGCACCUAAGCAUAGAGUUAAUUAACAACAAACUAUUGCAUCUCAGUCCUGAAGUUUUGUACGUCAACUAUAGUUCUUGGAAGAAAGUUGGCGCUACAUCUAUAAAGGGUGGCCUCGUAAUUUCGGAAAAUAACUUUAUUUGCGGUUGCCAUCUCGCCUGGUUGGGUCACUGGCUUCGAAGAUGGGCCAGAGAGACACUUCAGUCUCAUAAUGCGCCAAUUGAAGCAGCUAUACGCAUGAAUGAACUACUAAAACAAACAACUUGUGUUGACGCUACUUCAAAUAUUAGGAAGCCCAUUGUGCAAUUACCCCCGGAGGACAUGAGUUGUCAAGCAAGUGCGCUAAGUAGGGCUCAGUGUUUAAACAAAACGUCUGUGAUCUUCAUCUUUAUUUUUUUACUUACAUUUGUAGAUAUAGACGUAGCUCAUAUAUUAAUGUAAGUGUACAUUUUUUAAAUUAAGUAAUCUAAGCUGAAAUUGUACAUAUAAAUUAAAAAAUUACAUAUCACAUUCCCAUCAGGGUAUGCUGUUUAGUAGUAAUUAAUUGCUCAAAAUUCAAGAUGUACUCGUGUAAUGCACAUGUAUUGUGUAGGUAUGGCAAAUUGUAGAAUAAACAUUUUUGUAAUUAUAAAUAAACUAAGAAAGU